GCAGGUCGGUCCCCCGCGCGGCUGAACCCGGGCCGCCUCCGCCGCGGCCCCGAGCGGCGUCCGCGAGUCCCCGCUCCCCGCCGGGCCGCUCCGAGCAACGGUGCUCCGGGGCUCCAAACUCGGGCUGCCGGGGCAAGUGUCUUCAUGAACCCAGAGGAUGUCCGGGAAGCACUACAAGGGUCCUGAAGUCAGUUGUUGCAUCAAAUAUUUCAUAUUUGGCUUCAAUGUCAUAUUUUGGCUUUUGGGAAUAGCAUUUCUUGGAAUUGGACUGUGGGCAUGGAAUGAAAAGGGAGUGCUGUCCAACAUCUCUUCCAUCACCGAUCUUGGCGGUUUUGACCCAGUUUGGCUCUUUCUUGUGGUAGGAGGAGUGAUGUUCAUUUUGGGAUUCGCAGGGUGCAUUGGAGCUCUCCGGGAAAACACUUUCCUUCUCAAGUUUUUUUCUGUGUUCCUGGGAAUUAUUUUCUUCCUGGAGCUCACUGCUGGGGUGCUGGCGUUUGUGUUCAAAGACUGGAUCAAAGACCAGCUGUAUUUUUUUAUAAACAACAACAUCAGAGCGUACAGGGAUGACAUUGAUUUGCAAAACCUCAUAGACUUCACCCAGGAAUAUUGGCAGUGCUGUGGGGCUUUUGGAGCUGAUGAUUGGAACCUAAAUAUUUACUUCAAUUGCACAGAUUCCAAUGCAAGUCGAGAGCGAUGCGGCGUGCCAUUCUCCUGCUGUACUAAAGAUCCUGCGGAAGAUGUCAUCAACACUCAGUGUGGCUAUGAUGCCAGGCAGAAAUCGGAAGUGGAUCAGCAGAUCGUGAUCUACACGAAAGGCUGUGUGCCCCAGUUUGAGAAGUGGCUGCAAGACAAUUUAACCAUCGUGGCUGGUAUUUUCAUAGGCAUUGCAUUGCUGCAGAUUUUUGGGAUAUGCUUGGCCCAGAAUUUGGUUAGUGAUAUUGAAGCCGUCAGGGCUAGCUGGUAGAGCCCCUGCAACAGCUGCUGCAAGACACUGGACAGACGCAAGCCUUCCUGACCCUUCUCUGUGCUGAACUGAUGUUCAAGCUGCGUGGACCCCAAUCUCAGAGGCAUCCUUCAACCCCACCUGAUGGAGCUACGAAGAACUUGUUUCUUGGCGGGGGAGUAAAACUGGGAAAUGCUGCUCACUGACAGAACUUAAAAAAAAAAAGCAGUGUGAAAGUUCUUGCGCCAUAAAUCUCUACUGUAGCCAUGGAUUUAUAGCUGGUUGGACACGUACCAAAAACAAACAAACAAAAAAAAUGGGGGUGGGGGACCCAAAUGUACUUAAAUGGAAAUGGGAUACCCUUGAAUUUGUGGAAAAUACCAUUUUGUUCUCUAUUUCAGUAACUGGAGGGCUGUCAGAGGUAAUUUUGCUCUUCGUCACCACCUGAAGGACUGCCUUUUUGUUCCAGGGCCAAAAGAGGUGCAUCUUUUCUAAAACUCAGCCCCUCACCUGGGAGGGCAGUGUUCUUGAGCAUCCCUCCACUGUACAUUUCAAGCAACUGUUACAGUCAUCAUCUCAAGAAGAAAACAGCCUGUCUUUGGGUUCAGGUUUUGUGGUGAUCACACUUGACAAGUAACUGUGAGGGCACACGGUCUAUUCUGGAGUGUCUCCUUAUAAGAGGAGUUGUGUGUAAUAUGUGCAUGGAGCCAGGGCAUUGGAAGACUUCACAAUGUUGUAUUUUGGCUUGAUAGACCUUUUUCUAAGUAGGCCUGAGCUUUAUUUAUCAAUGAAAUCCAAGGAGGAGAAAUAUGAGCAGGUUAAUGAAGAGAUAGGUAAAUUCUCUCCCCCGCCCCCAACCACCACUACUGCCAAAUCAGUUGUUGCUAGAUUCUUUGGACACUCUGGAAUACUCUGUAUUGGGGUUCUUUUUUCCUUCUCCCAAAGGUGAAAGCUAUGAUGGUUUCUCAUAAAUUUUCUUUUAAGAUGUUUUUUUACUCAGCUGAAAUAUUAAUUUUUCUUUUGUACCGUCUGGCUUGCAUGACCUGUGAAUCUGAAUCUGCCAAGUCCAUUUCCUGCCACCCUUCCUACAAACAUGUAAAGACAUUAGGUCAGCAUUUCUUUCAUAGGGUUAUGGCCUUGGGAGGCUGUGGUGGGUCCUCCUCAGCCUGGCUGGGGAGAGACCAGCUGUGAUGUCACAAAUGCUUCCAUGGACUCAACUGUCUUGUUACAGUGUCCUUUUACUGGCCUCUUCUGCACCCUCCCUCUCUUGCUCUUUAAGUGGAAUAAAACCCACUUCCGAAACAGUGUUGACAUGAUCAGAAAACUUCCAAUUGGGUUUUUUUUUUUUUUUCUUUUUUUCUGUGUUAGUUUAUUAAAAAAAAAGAAAGGAGUGGAUGGUCAGAGCUCCGUCUAUUCUCUUACUGCAGACUAAACAUCAGAAUGGUAAAAAAAAAAAACCCGUUGCGGUUGAGUCACCUCCGACUCAUAACAACCCUGUAGGACAGACUAGAGCUGCCCCAUAAGGUUUCCAAGGCUGUAAUCUUUACGGAAGCAGACUGCCACAUCUUUCCCCUAUGGAGCAGCUGGUGGGUUCAAACUGCCAACCUUUUGGUUAGCAGCUGAGCGCUUAACCACUGGGUCACCAGGCUCCUUUUAUGGGAAUGGUAACAAAGCACAAAUACUUUGGAGGAGAGUGCAUUAAACGGGCAAGCGUUCUGUGACACAAUGUGGGAAACCACCUACUUGGCACUGGUGCUGCAGCCCCUGCCCCGCUCCAUCUGGGAGGGACGAGUUUUGCCCCAGGUUUUAAUUCAACUGGUGUCUGUGACUAUGUCAACUGGAAUAUUGCCCUCCUGCGGAGCAGAUAAUAGUCUGUGGAAUGCUGGGAAAACCACAGGCAUGUUUUACAGCAACGACACAUUGGCCAACAACACAUAAUUAGGCAGCUAGCUAGCAUACUUGGUGGAAAUUUAGCGAGGUUUUACAUUUCAGCCCCGUGUGGCUUCACUGUGGCUGAUAAGUGUGUCAGUCUGCUCAGAGAAAGGACAAGAAUUCUUUUCAAACCUAGUCUCCACAGUUUGGGCGUGUGUAUGACUAUGCACGUGUGCGUGUUUGUGUUUCUGUAUAGUUAGAGACGUUCAUUCCCUAUCCUGGCUGUCAGAUAGUUUUAGUUCAUCUCCGCCCCCACCACAGUUGUCAUUUUGUAAUGUCUUUCAGCAUGGAGAAGACUAGAACUCUCCAGUUGGCACCCUGGUCUUUUUUGUUUGUUACCUCAUUCUCCAGCAAGCUCCAUCUGACCACUUGACUCAAAAUCAGACAAGACCCCCCCACCCUUUGGUAUAUCCAGUGAAAGGCCAAACAGCAAAUCCAAGUGAGUUUUAAAUUUUAAUCACCCUUUAUUUUUUACACUUGAGAGUGAUUGUAAUAAAGGCUGUCAUUAAUAAACUUGGUUCUACCUUA